AGUAUCGGCAAAGACAUGUUACGUUUCUGGUCACCGCUCUCUCUUAUCUUCACGGCGCGCAUCAACUGACAUUUAAACGACGUUCUUUAAUAUCUUCCUCGAGUUUCCACACAAAAAAAAAUAGAAUGGUUCGUCUUGAUAGAAAACGACAAAAAAAAAUUGACAAGUGACCGAUUUUCGCUUAUUUCCAAUCGGUAUCGAACUCUCUUUUGAAAAAAGGCAGCCGAACCUACUAGAUUUCGGGACAUUUUUUUUUUAUACAUAUAGACGUUAUCUGUGACGUUCGUCAUCAUGAUUUCGAGUGACAUAAUCGGUUUGUUAGUAUUUGUUGGAAUCAUAGUUUUUGACGUCGACUGUAAGACAUCGUUUCCAGUAAAUUUCACCGCGUUUUUCGACAAGUUUAACAAAAAGGAGAAUCCCAAGCCGGAACUGAAGGGUUACUCUGGGAAAAGGACCUACAACGAAUCAGCCCGGAUGGUGUACUAUCACGACCAAACUGUUGCUGUGGUUGAACUGGGAGACAACAAACUUCUUCUGACUUGCGAGUUUAUCGAAAUAUAUGAACCUGAUGAAGUAACAAAAGUGCUAGGGGAGUCGUUAAAAAAUACGAACAUCGCAAUGAUAUCGUUUGAGGAAAUGCUAAAACUUAUGUCUCAGUGCUGGCAAUUGGAAAAUCACUACCUAAACACGACAAAAGUAACUGCCAAUGUUGAAGAUACGCAGCUAUUAAACCGGGGAUUACUUCCAAGCAAUCCUUUUGCACUAUUCAGUGGAAUUAUACCAGGUACAAAAUGGUGUGGAACUGGUGAUAUUGCAAUGUCAUAUUACGAUUUAGGAAGUGAAAUUAGUACGGACAGAUGCUGUAGGGCUCAUGACCUCUGCCCUGUGAAAAUUAGGGCAUAUUCUAAACGAUAUAAUUUAACGAACGAUUCGUUAUAUACUAAGUCUCACUGUGCAUGCGACGAUGUUUUGUACUCAUGCUUAAAACAAGCCGAUUCUCCAUCGGCAAAUUUAUUGGGAAAUAUUUAUUUUAACCUUGUUCAAGUACCUUGUCUUAAUGAUACUAGUUCGGGAAGACAAUUCAACAAAAUCAGAAGAAACUUUUAGUGCUCGUAAUUUUUUAAAUGUUUUUUUUUGUUAAUGUGCUACGUAAUAAAUUUUUAUUAUUUUUA